AUGCACCGUCGGAAUAGCACAAAGUUCCGUCACCUUGACCAGCAUAUCCAUCCUGAGACUGCUAAGCGCGAUGCUCAGGCUGCUGCUUCGCAAGCAUUUGCGAGGGCUAGGGAACGCUCUACCACGGACGCAACUUUAUGGCCACCACCGCGAAACAGCGAUCCGACCAGGGCCGCUGGCUCUAGCAGUAUACACGGCAGACGCAAUAGUGACUCUCCCAUCAAGCGCCAACAAAGUGUUCGAUUUGUACGGGAGAAUACCAUACGUGGUACACGAAGCAGUACCGUGGUCGAAAGUAUGACGCCAACUUUCACAGCCAGUACAUCCCAAGGUAAGACUGGUGGAAACAAUAUUGAGCCUCGUCUGGCAAGCAGUGCCUCGGCGGCGGGUAUGGUCUCUGCAGCCAAAGGCACAGCAGGUGACUACAUUAAUGCACUCUUUACAGGCGAGGAGUAUUAUACGCCUGAAGACGAUAUUGCUUCCGUCCCUUCAUCCUAUCGGAAAAUCCGAAAAUCCAGGUCGAUGUUUACCUGCUCUGAAGUCAGUAUAGCUUCACGAGGCGACGAUCAAAGCCCAUCCUCCAUAACAAUAAAUCAUCUCCCAACGAUGUCUGUGGGCUCCCCGAAUAUGGGUAUUGGCGAAAAUAUGCCUGGAACAAAACUCAAAGCGCCCAAAUCUAUGUCUUUCUUAAGGGGUCGCUAUGAUCAGUCGAUGUUAUUCUCCAAGCGCCGUGGAAGCGUUCCUAUGGGGCUAUCUAGUAACGAAAGCGUCAAAACUCAGACUAAUACGGAGCUUCCCACGAAGUCACAGCCAUCAAUCUUCUCUCGUUCAAAGUCUACCAACGCCGAAAAGGUUCUCAGGAAGAGCAUGAGAGAUGGGAGUAAUGAUACCCUACCAAUAGAUGGGGAAAUUCCCAAGGAUGGCAGUCUAAGAAACCGGGCUCGGAAGGUCUCGAACAGCUUUAAGCAUAAAUUAAAAAGCUUCUUUAAUCUAGUCAAAGGAGAUACCGAUGAAGCAGAGUUUCCCCCUCAACAAAUUGAAGCUUCAAAAUCCCAUAUAAUAGACCCUGGCUCUCUGGGUUAUACGGGAUAUGACGAAUUUCAGUUCGAACCGACAAGUGACGAAGCGGCUAUAUCACGCGUUCCUUCAGGAGUUCCCUCAUUACAUGCUGUCCCGUCAUACCAGCAACUUCGUUCACGGCAAGGCAGUGUCGAGAGCCUAAGAAGCGAAAGAAGAGCCUCGGAUGAAAGGUCUCGAGUAACAAGUUGGUCGAACUCAGACACCAACACACUUAACACGUUAAGCAGCCAGAAAAAUGAAUGGGACCGACAGCGUCUCUCAGUUAUAAAAGAAAAUGGGAUGCAUGUCUCUUCAUCGUCAGCAAGACCUUAUGCCAAUACCUACGGCAUCAGUCCAGACACUAGCGUUCGUUCUGGUCAACCACCACUGCCACCACAGCCAGUAGGCAUUGACAGCCAAAGAAUAUACUCCGCACUUAUGAAAAGGCUUAACAAUACGAAUAAACAUUCGCGAAGAAGCGAAGCUCAAAGGCAAGAAAAUGUCGACGGUUUCAUUGAUACGGAUGCUAUCCCUUUGAGAGGUAGCUCUCGGGACCACGACAAACGAUUGUCUAUCUCGCGAGCAACCAUUCGACAUGUCAUUUCCGACGAGUCCUCUGACCCAUCAUCGGAGAGGGUAGCUGGAAAGAACCCAAAUUCAAGUGGUCUGGAGCUUGACGCGAAACUGGACCAAUCCCCUUUCCAUUCCACCAGUGAAUUAAACACCAAGAAACAAGAGCUUUCAUCCUUUACAUCAAUAACCACGGCAAAUGAAACUAAAGGGGUUACCAAUGAAGAUUUUCAACCACUCUCUGUACCACGCGUCGAUAAACUCUCACCUCAGGCGAGAACAUUGUCGACUCGUAGCUCGGCCUUCUUUGCCAGUCCUACGUGUCAUCUAUUCCGCACUCGCAGCCCAUACAGACGUGCACUCCAAGAUUCGAUGAAAGCCGAACCUCAGAAUGCACAAACUAGGUCCCCAGAGUUUAAUCCUUGGAUGCGUUCACUGACGAACCUACCCAUUAGAUGUCCGAGUGCAUGCGAGUCUGAAGUAGAUAAGAAAAUGUAUUAUGCGGAAAGUGUGUACUCUUGUACAACAGAGGAGCCAUCUACUGGACCCUUGAACAACAAUGUAUCUCAUACCGUAGAUAAUUUGCCAAGGCAUUCAACUACGCAUGGUGAUGCCACAAUAUUUGUCAGUCCUCCUGUCUACCGACCUACUCCGCCACAUCCACCUAAACAAAGAGUCACAUCUUCAGCAAGUUCUGUGGAAUGGAAAACGUGGCUAUCUGCCAAUGUUUCAAAACUCGAGGGUACGUCUGGUCGUGCGGACACAAAUGUUAUGGAAUAUGCCGUACCAUCGACUCGCCCAACAGGCCAUAUUCGCGAAGAAGCCCAGAUAAGCGACGAGGACGAAUAUCUUCCAUUAGAAGUAUAUAAGCCUACAAGACCGGAUAGUGCGCUUGCAGCAAUUGAGAACAAUGCGAGAGCCUCACCCCAAACCCCACGACAUGCUCCAAAGAGUUCAUCGCCAGUUUAUGACUGCGGAAAAGAAAAUGAGGUCCCGGAGCGACCUGCGAUCCUUUCCAAAAGUAUAUUACGUACCACGCCAUCAUUAGCAAGUAUGAAAUCGGGUACCCAAGGAGCAAAUGCAUCUACAAAGAAAGGUGUGUUCGAUUCUAACUACCGGAAGUCUCUCGCCCACACGCCCUCGCUUGACACCCUUGCGGGUAAUUCUACUCAAACAUCAACUAGGAAAUUGGUGAGAAGACAGCCAGGACACAAGAUUAAUGCUACGCCCACGACGAGUCCAGGACAUGGGUUAAUAGUGGAUAAAGGCUCGGGAAAGAACAGUGGCUUGACUAAUUCGAUGCGCAUAUUUGGCACAAUGGCAUUGAAGAAGACGGAAAACGUUAGCCCCAAAAACAUCGUCGACGCUGAUGCCGACCCAUACGGUGUCCAAGGGUCCGGUAUCCUUGGCCCAGGGGCCGACCUAAAUCUAGAGUCGAUAGGAAGCAAGAAGAUAGUUGAUCUCUUCCUUAGUAGCAGGCGUAAGCGCAUAGCGAGCGGCGAAGAUGGCGGCGUAUUUUCAUAAUAGACGUGUACAAGAGCUAUCGGUUGGGUAAUCUUGAGUUGGUUGUGAAAGGCGGGCAGGAAACUAACUUGAAGCACAGCACUUACGUAGCUACGGCUUUUUCGAACAUAUUAGGCAUCAAGAAAGGAGGCUCACAGCAUUAUACUAUACGGCUAUAAAGACGGACGUGUCGAUAGGAGUGUAUAAAAACACUAGUUAUACGACCAUCGCUUAGUAUGAAUGAGGAAAUGGUUACUUACGUCAAGACUUCCCGGUAGCGUAACCAUACAAUUGCAAUAGAAGCAAAUUAAUUCUGGUACCUGUUCUGGGCAAGCUUACCAGUUAUGUUGAAUUAUUUGAAAGUGGAC